AACGUGGCAACGCCUGGAAUAAGCACGUAAGUAGACACUGUCCACUGACAGUAAGGUAGAUAUGAUCGUGGUUCAUUCAAAACAGGUGAAAAUUAAAAAACGAACUUCACUUUAGCCGUUUGUUUUAUGUACAGUCAGCAUUCACAACGUUGUCCCUCGCGUCUGAAUCCGACUUCACUGCUGUAGCCUACCGUGCUGAAAAGUUCCUAAUUCUUACUCACCUGACUGUUGAAUCAGACCAAGGGGCACCUCAAGGACCACUAACCUCAAGGACCUCUAACACCGGGUACGAAUAUGGCACCAUGGAUUAUUCAAAUUGCAUUGGUGGCAAUGAGUAUCUUAACCGAAACUACUGAAGGGAAAAAAGACACGGUGCUGUAUUGUUCAGCAUGCAGGGCUAUUGUUGAUGAGCUCAAUUAUUCAAUCAGUCAGAUUGAUCCGAAGAAGACUAUCCAUGUGGGAGGCUUCAGACUCAACCCUGAUGGGAGCCUGACUGAUAAAAAGGGAGUUUGUGGUAGCAUGAGUGACUAUGCUCUUCAUGUGGACCCAGACACCAAGAUAAAGCAAUACAAAAGAUUUGCUCCAAGAAGUUCUGAUGCUGGGGAUUUUCCUGAUUUUAACAAUUUCAAGUUUGACGGCCCAGAGGGAUCCAAUGCCCUACAAUUUGUGUGUAAAAGCAUUGUGGAGGAGUUUGAAGAUUAUAUCAUCUCUCUCUUUGCCAAAGAGACAGACCAUGUGGUCGACAAGUUAUGCAAUGAAGUAUCAGAUCACUGUAAAGGCACCAAAUUCCAGAGUGACGAACUAUAGUUUUACAUGCAUCUCUGCUGCCGAUGACCGGACCAGUUUAGAUAUAUAUUUCAAAUGAAGAAAUCAUUCUUGAAGGACAUUGUAUCAAUCAACUUGAAUACUUACAAAUAAAGUUUUCUAUUUUGAAUUGAGAUACUGGACUAACGUUGUCAAAUCCACAGGAUUGUAUUAUGAUAUAGAAAGUCAGGUGUUUCUUUAGAGGUAGUUCUAGUAACUUCCAGCUGGGUGCUGUUGUCAAAAAGUUAUAAAUUAUUUCUUAAAUAUGCAGGAGGAAGAAGUAGCACUCAAAAUAAGGAUACGAUGUGUGUAAAAAAUAAAUAACCAAGUUUAAAUGUGCUAUACUCAGCCUUGAGGGACUGUGAGGAAGCACCCAUGUAAAAAAAAAGAUGGCGUGGGGUCCUACAGGCAAUGUCAAGAUGAGCUGGAUCAGCAUUUUUUUCCACUUUUGUGCUUUCACUUUCAUAAGCUGAUCAGUUUUAGAAUUGUUUGUAAUCUCACAGAAUUCCAAAUCUGUUGAUUGUACAGGCCAUUUCUUGUCCAGAAUUCAACUGUUGGAGAUAGUGGAUUUCCGCAUGCCAGGUUACAUUUGAUUUGCUCUGUGUGUCCUGGGUGGAGGAGGGAGUUGGUUCUUGAUUUUGAAAUGGGCAGUCCUCGUUCCAUCAUCUGCUGUCUCCAACAAUUGAAUUCCAGUCGUGGUAACAUUUUAAACAUUAGUAUGUGCUCUGACAUAUGGGGAAGUAUGUCAAAUGUUAUGAGAAUUGAUCCAACAAUUUUUAUAAAAUAGCCCUUUUCGAUGAUAAGCAGAAUUUUCAGUGUUACUAAAAGAAAUGUGCAAGGUGGGGGAAAAGAACCUACAGGAGAGCCUUGGUAGAUAUACAUAGCCUGAUAUGCUUAUCUCCCUAUAAAAACAUUUGUAAAUUCCUAAAUCAGGUAAAUUAUCAACAAAAUUGUGAUAACACAUAUCUUAGAGAACACAGGUUGUAAAUUCACCAUCUACAGGUUGAACACACUGCUAUAUGCCUUGGAAAUGCAAAACCUCAUGGACAAUGUUGUUCCUUUUUCAUAUAAUGACCCUCACAGCUUCAUCCAAUAAUGACAAAUAGUCACAUGUGUAUUUUGGGGCUUUAUGGUCUAAAUAUUAUUUAGCAUUUUUGGAAAGUUUUACACAACAUGUAUCUACACUUAUUUGUGGAAAGAUUUAGGUUGGUUUUGGAGAAAAAAAUGUAAACCUCCUUUGCUAAGGAACGAAGAACAAAUGCAUGGGUCAAGCUUUGUAUGGGUCAAACUUCCACUGACUACAUGUGACUGAAAAUAAACCCUAUGAAGCAGGCAAGUUGAAUACUAACAGGAUAUAUAAUUUCGAUUAUUAUCAGGAAUUACAGCAUUUUCCCCCAACUGCACAUCCAGUUCUUUCAAAACAAAAGUUUCAACUUGUUGUAUAUUCCUAGAAGUUGUGUGUUGGGAGUUUAUUCUGGCUUAAGAAAGUGUCAGCUUUGCUUUGUGUGCAUAGCUGUCUCUGGAUGUCUAGGGCUUGAGCUUAACUUCAUGGCAGAUCAAGGGUUACCAAGGUGCUGUUGGCAAGGGGCUCAAAGUGGCGGGGCAAACUGGACCACUAAAUGCUCAUUUCCUACGCAUGUUAGUGCCUUUGCAGUAUGCUGAGUGGACUCCUGGAGGGGGUUUCUCAGAUGAAAUGCAACCUUCACACAGGUAAUGAGGACUAUAUGAUAAACCAUUUGUACAAUUUCUUAAAUGCAAUUUCAAUGGUCCAGGAAUACCAUCUCAUUCAGAAAUGUUGGGAAAGUGAAUAUUUCCCUUACUCUCUAUAAAGUUUAGUCACUGAUCUGCAGCAUUAACUUGUAUUCUAACAAGAUUAAAAUAUAUUUGUCCUGGAGAUUAGCAUACUUAAGUCCUCCUUUGCCUUUUUGGUAGUAGCAGUGUGCUUUGAUCUGUGUUGCGUGGCAAGAGCCUAGCUUGGGCCCGGCCAUCCGAGUGCCAAGUGUGAAAUUGGCCUGAUGUCAUCCCUAUUCUUCACCUUAUACAUCUUUCACCAGCUUAAUUAUAUUUCCGCCACAAAGCCUAACGCUUCAUUCCAUAUUCAAGUUUGACUAGGAAGCAUUUAAGAACUAUGGAUAAAUAACUCAGUGGGGGGAAGGGACAGGAUGGGUCUUUUGUUUGAGAAACACACAAGAGACAUCAAUACUUUUCUGAUAUGUAUUUUCUUUUUGAGUCAGACUGCCCUUUGCCUCUGCCAAUUGGAGAGGUUAAAUUUUAUGACACGGGAUAUGUGAACUUAUGAUGACUAAGAUGUAGGGCAGGCUAUUUAUUUCUUCAUUGUCUGUGGGCAUUUGCAUUUUGACCUUCUUAAAGUUUCGUGACUAAAGUGGUGGCUGGAAUGUUGUGGAUGAAAUCAUGUUCAUUUUCAUGUCCAGAGGCAGGGAAUGAAAUUGUGGCAGAACUUUCUAUCCAAACUUUAACUUUCAUUAACAUGAAGAGUUAUGCAGGAACUUUUUGUGUAUUUGAUGGUCAAAAGAUAUCAUGCAUCACUGUUAUGGAGAGUUGGAGGAGAGAACGUACAAGCUUUUUGACGAUGGAAUUUUUGUAGAAAUGUACAGAAUUUAAUGAGAUUCCUUUUUAAGGACAUUWUGAAUUCUGAGGUGUAGAAGAAGUGAUGCGUUAAAGGAAAUGAGCACCUGCAGCUGUGACCGAGGGCUUUGACCUUCAUCAGGGGAUCCCGGCCACAGACUCCAUUGAGGAACUAACCGAGUUGCUCAGCUCAGCGUCUAAGGCACCAGCUUUUCUAACCCAGAGAGCUCAUCAAGUCAGUGACCGUUGGGCGUUACUUCCACAUACACAAGCUGGGCAAGAAUAGAAAUGCAGAUGAGGUUCUGGGGCAUUGAGGAGCAGGUCAAUGCUGAGAAUGGUCCGCACA